CAGCGUCACCUCGCGGCUUUGAACCAGAAGCUGGAAUAAACAAACCAUAAAAUGGCGUCGUCAGACCCGAAAGCAGCUCUGUUGAGUACCCAGACGGAAAAGCCAAAUCAUUACACAUACCUGAAGGAAUUCCGGGUGGAACAGUGUCCAUCGUUUCUGCAGCACAAAUGCAAUCAGCAUCGACCAUUCGUGUGCUUCAAUUGGCACUUUAUGAAUCAGAGACGCCGUCGGCCAGUGCGUAGACGAGAUGGUUCCUUUAACUACAGUGCCGAUAACUACUGCACCAAAUAUGACGAAACUACCGGAAUAUGCCCGGAUGGAGAUGAUUGCCCGUUUUUGCAUCGCACGGCAGGCGACACUGAGCGGCGAUACCACUUACGCUACUACAAAACAUGCAUGUGCGUUCACGAUACCGAUGCUCGCGGGUAUUGCGUCAAAAAUGGACACCACUGUGCAUUUGCCCACGGCAUCCACGACCAGCGGCCGCCAGUUUACGACAUCAAGGAACUGGAAGCGAUGCAAGCAGCCGAAGCUAGCGGUGAAUCCAUGAACGGACCCAACGUAUUGGACAAGGAGAGGAAUCUGAUGAAUGAAGAUCCAAAGUGGCAAGAUACAAACUAUGUUUUGGCCAAUUAUAAGACAGAGCCGUGCAAAAGGCCCCCGAGGCUCUGUCGACAGGGUUAUGCUUGUCCGCAGUACCACAAUAGCAAGGACAAAAGACGCAGUCCUAGGAAAUAUAAGUACAGAUCUACACCGUGUCCUAGUGUAAAACAUGGUGAAGAAUGGGGCGAACCAGCUAACUGUGAAGCCGGUGACAAUUGUCAGUACUGCCACACACGUACUGAACAGCAGUUUCAUCCAGAGAUUUACAAAUCGACCAAGUGUAACGAUGUUCAGCAGGCUGGAUAUUGUCCUCGGUCCGUGUUCUGCGCUUUCGCUCAUGUUGAACCUUAUGUCCUGACGGAAGAAAUAUCGUCUCGCGAUCUAGAUAGCCAAGCACUUGCCCUUAGCGAUAUGAUAUCUUCCGUUUUGCCUCCCGAUAGUGGUGGGGGAGGCGGAGGAGGGGGACUUGGUUGUUCCCUCAGUAAGAAGGACAAACACGAGCUAGCGGUGAGUGUACUAAGCUAUCUAGACGGAGGACGGCAGGAGAAUCUACCAUUUGAACUUGAACCGCAGAAUUUUCAAUCGUUCUUCCAGCUGCUGCAGAAUGGUAGCGCAGAAAGUAGCGAAUCGGCAAGCACCAGCAGUAUCGGCUCUAAUCAUAGUUCCCACAACAAAGCACCUGGUUCACAGCUACAACAAAAGCAUAAUAAUAGUAGUCUUCUAGGCGUCGUAACAUCCACCAAUUGCAAUGGCGGUGGUAGCGUCAGCAAUCAAGCCAACAACAGUCUCGGUAGCUUACAAUCAACGCUGUUCAGCAAUGGCAGUACUGCCGCUAGCUCACUGCUGUCGAACAGCUUUCCGGACUUUACACCGGAGAUUCGGGCACAGAUGCUGGCGAUUGACAACGAUCUCACGAUGAGUCCGCUCGAAAAAGAACAACGGAAACGCAUGUGUUUAACAUUCAAUCUUAGGAAUAUAGCAUCCUCAUUAGACGGCGGAGUGUAUGAUAUGACGCGACGUGAUACCAUUCAUGGACUAGACAAUUCAAUUUCAGCUGGUAUAGCAUCAUCUGGUUUACUGGCUAGCAGCUCAGCGCCGGUCAACAUUCCCGGCUCUCCGAUGGGAAACUCCAUAUCCGGUCUUCUUCAAGGUACUUCUGCACCGGUCAACAUUCCUGGCAGUUCAUUGGGAAACAAUUUUAGCCCUUCGUCGCAUUCUAAUCUUUUCGGUAUGAACGAUAACAUGUUCGGAAAUAGCGCAACACAUCACAUUGGCAGCAGCUCGGCGCCGAAACUAGCUACAUCCUUCGGCCAUAGCAACACCGAUAGUCUUUUCUUUCAAUCACACAUAAUUUCGCCAGUGCUGACCGGUGGCGAUGGUGGUCUUUCAGCUAGUCCGGAACUUAGCCGAAUAUCGGAACUCAAUUCGCUUAAUAACGAACUGAGCAACAAUAACACAAACCUGUUGUUCGAUAACCACAUGCAACAGGCUGCCGUCGCGGCAGCUCAACAACAACAGCAACAGGUCCAGCAUCAGCAACAGGCAGCGGCGGCCGCUGCCAUUGCUGCAGCAGCCAAGAAUUCCAAUGCUAACCAUCCGUAUUCAAUGUCUCCGCUGGUGGCGUCCGGUAUGGAACGAUUACGAGACGAGCUGGCCAACAAAAAUGCACAAAUGAUCAACUGGGAAGAGCAGGUCAUGCAGGCAACUAAUGCCUGUGAAGCGUGGAAAGCCCAGAUGGAGGAAAGCAAUAGAAAGACCGUGUUGGCCGAACAACAGCGAGAUGAAGCCCUGUCACACGUCAAAGCCCUCAAAGAAAAGUUAGAACAAGUGAACAUUAGUGGUAAUAGUACGGCCAAUUAUCGAGCAAGUGAUCUUCGGGGUCUACCUUUACCGAAAUUGAAAAACAUACAGGCAAAAUUGCGCGCCGAAAUCGAAGAGGUAGAAAAGGUUCUCUAUCUGGAAACGGCAACCAAAUGCAUGAAGUGUGAGGAGAACAAUCGAUCCGUGACGUUAGUGCCGUGCAAUCACUACGUGCUGUGUGAUGUUUGCGCGGCGACUCAGCGGGAAUGUCCCUACUGUCAAACGCCGGUCACGUCUCAAGCGUAAGCCACUGCUUUCUCAAGGUAUUUCAAACAUGAGAAUCUGUGUCAAUCAAGAACACACACUAGCAUGAACACAAUCGCACCUCGAUAUAGUUACAAAUACAUGUGAAAAGCUGUUAUGUUACAUUUGAUUAAUGGUCAUGAGCUACUACUUCUAUUCAACAAAACUGCACCACGCAUCAUCAAUCCGCAAGUAACUAGGCAAGUACUAGGUCAACUUGUUCAAAGUACAUCUAGGUCAUACAAUUACUACCCCAAAUGUAUUUAUGUUUUGUUCUACUCUGGCCGGCGAAGGUGUCGAAGUCAUCCUUCAUGGUUGGAGCAUUUUUGUACUUUUUUAAGUAACAUGGACAACUUUGUGUGAAUUCAAUUGAAAAGAGUGAUAUUUUUUUACGACAUUAAUCAACAGUAACUCUGAUUUAGGACAGGAUAAUUAAUAGAUAAUAGUGACGAAAGGUUCACUUUAAACAUGUUCAAAAAAUGCGCAUGUUCUGCAACAUGUGACAUCAGCAAAACAAACGGGAAGAUCAGUUUUAGUAGCUUCUUUACCUAAUUAUAGUGUAACCAUAUACACAUCUUUUAUACUUUUCUACGUUCGAUUUUGUUAAACACUUUCAACUUUAAUCAGAGCAAGGGUUGGAAACGAAUGUAAAAACAAGAGGCACAUCGCCUGGCACAGGGAUUAAUUUUCCUUUUAUCCCCUCGAGUUGGAAGGAAAUCAGAUUAUAUAUCGUUUAUAUUGAUUAGUAGUAUUUUUUUUUAAAACUUAGAUAACAUUCUAUUGUGUACAAUAGAGAAAGAGCAACAUUCGAUUUAUUUGCUUAAAAAACUAGGCUGCGAAUAGUAUUUCGCUUACAUAUGUAAAGGUUGCAUUUUUUACUUUCAAAAAUUAGACAAACAAAUAUAAAAAUGGACUACACACGCAGAAACAGUGAGACCCAGUAGGUACGAGAGAACUUUAUUAUAUUAAAACAAAAGUGAGGAUAUGUAUUUAUAAUUUAUUUUUUUGCGAUAUAAUUUAACUGCUAGGAUAACCCAAUUUGUUUUUGUUUAAUUGCAUCUGGCAAUUUUUACUAGUUUUUGGCCUAGCGUGGUCGAUACAGAAAGCAACCCGUAGAUGGAAGGAAUUGAGUGAGCGGAGAAAACAAAUCAAUAUAGGCGUCGACGCUAGGCAAGAACGUUAGAAUCAAUUUACGUAUUCCUUAUUAUUCUCUUAAUGCGAAGAAAACAAGAACUAUUAUUAUAUAUGGCUGAAAAUGAACUAAACAAAUAUUAUUAUUCUCAUAUAAUUAUAUUUUGAUAGGUAGAGAACUAAAUGACUAAUAAUGAGAGCUGAUUUGUAGGAGGCAAUCUUAAACAAAGGAAAGCAAAUGCAGAAGCAAGAUUUAUACAAA